GGCCUAAUGUUCGAUGAAACGUUGACUGUUUUACCGACGCGGAAUUCGGAGUUUGGCCUCCACGCCAGCAUCACCUUAAAAACAAAGAUGCUGGCAAAGAAUCAACUUCGAAGAUUACGUUGUUCCGUUUAAUUUUCUCUAUAAAGGUGAUCUAAAUGACAGAAGUAAACGAAAAAUUAGUGAAAGAAGAAGUAGAUGAGGACAACUUGUGCAGCGAUGCUGCUGCACGGUUGACUUUUGAAAUUGCCCUGGAAAUUGCGAAAACGUCGUGCAGUUAUGCGGAGGGAGAAUUUAUAAAAAAAUGCUUGUUAAUUGCCGCCGGACAAUUAUGUCCACCGCAAGUCCGAACUUUCAAAACGAUAAAUCUGUCUAAUAAAAUAAUAAAACGUUGCAUUGAUUUAAUGGUGUGCAACGUUAAGAAACAAAUACGGAUAAUAUGUACAUCUUUUAUAACAUACUCAUUAGCAGUUAAUCAGUAUAUAUGUUUAUCUGGUAUACCCUAUAUAGCAAUUUUCAUUCGUGGAGUAAACAGUAACUUACAUGUUACAGAAGAGCUAUUAGAUUUAGUGCCAGUAGAUGAUAUGAUUGCAGAAAACAUUUUAUCUUCUGUAAAUAAGACAUUACAAAAUAAUGAUUUAAAAUGGGAAAGGCUUGUUUCAAUAACAACCAAUGGAUCCUCUAUGAUGACAGAGGAUAAAAUUGGUUUUAUGAGUCUUGUGAAUGGGAAGAUGAGAGAAAUAGGCAGUUCUAAUAAUGUAAUUGCUGUGCAUAGUCUAAUGCUCAUGCAUAAUCUAUGCGCAAAAAGUGAUGUGAUAUUGAAUGUUAUGUCCACCAUUGUAAAUAUUGUAUGUUAUAUUAGAAAUCAUGAAAUAAAGUUACAAGAAUUCCAUGCACUUGUGGAAGAACUAGAUUCAGACUAUGAGUCUAGUAGGGUAAUAGAAUUGCCUAAUUACACUGAAGUGGAAUGGUUAAACCGUGGAACUGUAUUGGAAAAAUUUUUUAAUAUACAUGAAAUAAUAAGAGAUUUCAUGGAAUUAACUGGACAAUCUGUACCACAAUUGAAGGAUACCCAAUGGCUAAUUGAUUUAGCAUUCCUGGCUGAUUUAGCAACCCAUUUAAAUAAUCUAAAUCUAUUGCUGCAAGAAGAAGGACAAAUUAUAGUGCAAUUGUAUGAUAGUAUUUGUGCAUUUCAAAUGAAAAUACAAUUAUGGAUAAAACAGUUGCAAAUGGGAAAUCCGUAUCAUUUUCCAAAAUUAAAAUUAGCACCGCUUACCGAGGACUGUGUUAAAAGACUGUGCACAAUUUUACAAAUACUCCUGGAAGAAAUUGAAACCAGAUUCAAGGACAUACAAGAUUUAGAUACAAGUUUUAAUAUAUACACAAUGCCUUUUACGGUCAAUGUGAAUACAGUUCCAUCAGAACUAUUGUUAGAAUUACUUGAUAUGCGAUGCGAUCGAAAAGUAAAAGUAAAAGGAGGUUCUUUAAUAGAAUUUUAUGAAAAUUUUUCUUAUAUACGAUUUCCACAAUUACAUAAUCUUGCGGCUAGAACAUUAUGCAUGUUUGGAUCGACACGUUUUUGUGAACAACUGAUUUUAAAUAUGAAAAAGAUUAAAUCAGCUUACAGAACAGGGAUAAUUGGUUAUGAUUAUAUUUUCAAGUGUUCAUUAAUAUUAAAUUCGUGUCGAAAGAUUCGUCCAAACAUUAACCAAUUAUUGAGAGAAAGAAAAUUAUAGGAGACUAUCAGUCGUUUAAAAUUAUACUUGCCUUCUUUCGAGAACGAACUUUUUCUUUGAUGUAUUUAUCAGUUUUAUAAUAUGUAUUUAUUUUUUCUAUUAAUUUAUUGUUAGUAUUGUCUGAUGUAUAUAUGUACAAUCAUGUUUAUAUUUGUUAGUUCCUAAAAUUGUACAUACAUAUAUGUAUUGCAAGUAAUGUCACGUUCAGAUCAUCACAACUAUACUCAUCUACAAAAAGGAACCCAUUAACAUAUUGUAAAUAAUGUACUAUACGCAAUCAUUUGUUAUGAACUAUACAAACGUACACGUCUCGUUUAUUAUACCUGUAAAUAAAUAUUAAUAUUAACAAAACGCCCAUAAGAGCGGCAAUUGUACAAGCCAGAUAUACGGUAACUUAUACUUAAUAGUUUUUUUAUACAUCUUUUGUAGUUUAUCAAUGAUCAAGGUGCUAAGAUUUACUGAUCUAUAGUGUUCAUUAAAUAUAAGAGAUAAUCGUAAA